AGAUUCAUCGGAGAAUUACCAUUCCAGAUGACACAUUUUUCAAGAGCCAUGUUCAUGAAGUACAGACAAUGUUAUCAAAUUACUUAAAAUGUUUAAUAAGACCAGAAAAUCAUAGUUCAGCCAAAUAAAGUCGAUUAAAUUAAAAUACACAGAUUCGGUGAUUAAUUCUCAAACGUUUGUCAUUAUUUAACAUUGUUUAGAUGACAUGAAUUGUUUAAGAAUGCAAGGGAUUUUACCCGUCUUACUCCAGCUCUGCACCUUCACGCUGGGCAGCAGCGCAACGUCUACCGUUUGGUACUCCGAAUUCGUGGUGGUCCGCGGCCAGGCUGAGCUGCCCUGCUUGGUGCCCGACCCUCCUUCUCAAACUGACCGGCCACUGCUGGUGCUCUGGUACAAGCAGGACCAAUCACAAGUACCAAUAUACAGCUACGACUCCCGCAACGGACCGUUUAAGGACGGCCACCGCUGGGCGGACGAGACGUACUUGGGCGAGCGAGCUUUUUUCCGCAUCAACAGCGACCCUCCGACGCUCGUCAUCAAGGAGGUUAAAGUUUCGGACCAGGACUUGUACACCUGCAGGGUCGAGUUCAAGUUCAGACCAAACGCUAUUACUAAAGUAAACCUCACAGUCAUUGUGCCAGCCGGUCCACCACUAAUUCUGGACUCGGCGGGCCGCGAGGUUCGUGGGUCGGUGGGCCCAUUAGAAGAGGGACAGCGAGCCCAUUUGACGUGCCGUAGUGUGGGUGGGACGCCUGAACCCACCCUGUCCUGGUGGCGGGACGGACGGCGCCUCAAGCAGAGCUCAGGACUGGGCAGUGGUGAGGUGAUAGAGAGCAGGAUCAGUUUGCUGGUCACAAGACAGCUGCACGACGCCACCCUCUCAUGCCAAGCUCUCAACAACAACAUCACGGAACCCUCGACCACGUCUCUCUCCGUCAACGUACUGCUCCGGCCAGUUUCGCUGGAGUUGGUGCAGGCGGAGCGACAGUUGUCGGCAGGCGAGGAGACGGAGCUCGUCUGCGCAGCCCGUGGGUCGCGACCCGCCGCCCGUAUCACGUGGUGGCGAGGCGACGUCGAGAUACCAGACGUGCAGCACACGGUCAUGAACAACGGCAACCUGACGACAGGUUCCGUCAAGUUCGUACCUCAGAUGAGCGAUGACGGGCAGACAUUUUCUUGUCGGGCCGUUAACCCAGAGAUCCAUCACACGCCGCUCGAGGAAUCCACCACUCUCACUGUUCUAUACGCCCCGAGAGUGAACCUGUCUCUGGGGAAGCCCUUGCGGGCGGACGACAUCAAAGAAGGCGACGACGUGUACUUCGAGUGCAGCGUCCUGGCGAACCCUGGCGUGCAGCACAUAUCGUGGUACCAUAAUGCUGAGCGACCAUCUUGA